AUGCGCAACAUCCGCGACAUUGCCAACCUAAAGCGCUCGCAAUUUUGGGAUGUUGGUGGCCCAGCGUGGCAGAAGAUCGUUGUGUGCCUCGUCUUUGACGGCAUUGACAAUGUUGAUAAAGAUGUGUUUGAUGUCCUGGCCACUGUUGGCAUCUAUCAGGAUGGAAUCCUCAAAAAGGAUGUCAAUGGCAAGGAGACGGUCGCACACAUCUUCGAAUACACUAGCCAGAUUUCUGUCACGCCAGAGCACAAUCUCGUCCGGCCUAAUGCCAAUGAUGGAUCAUCGGCCAACCUUCCACCUGUACAAUUCAUCUUCUGCCUCAAACAGAAGAAUAGCAAGAAGAUCAACUCUCAUCGCUGGUUGUUCAACGCUUUUGGUAGGAUACUGAACCCGGAAGUUGCAAUUUUGAUUGAUGCUGGGACUAAACCAGGUCCGAGGUCAUUACUCGCACUUUGGGAAGCCUUCUAUAACGACAAACACUUGGGGGGAGCCUGUGGCGAAAUCCAUGCCAUGCUUGAAGGUGGAAAGGCGCUGCUCAACCCACUGGUCGCCGUCCAAAACUUUGAGUACAAGAUAUCUAAUGUCCUCGACAAGCCCCUCGAAAGUGCGUUCGGCUACGUCAGUGUUCUGCCUGGCGCCUUUUCUGCAUACCGCUUCAGAGCGAUCAUGGGACGUCCUCUCGAGCAGUAUUUUCAUGGGGACCACACUCUGUCCAAGCUGCUAGGACCAAAGGGCAUCGACGGGAUGAACAUCUUCAAAAAGAACAUGUUCAUGGCCGAGGAUCGAAUAUUGUGCUUCGAGCUCGUGGCGAAAGCCGGGCAAAGCUGGCACUUGUCCUACGUGAAAGCAUCGAAAGGCGAGACCGACGUUCCCGAUGGCGCAGCCGAAUUUAUUGGGCAGCGACGAAGAUGGCUUAAUGGAUCCUUUGCAGCGUCUUUGUAUUCGAUCAUGCACUUCGGGCGACUCUACCAAUCCGGCCACGGUAUCGUGCGACUUUUCUUCCUGCACGUCCAGCUCAUCUACAAUGUGACCCAAGUCAUCUUCACUUGGUUCUCCCUUGCCUCUUACUACCUCACCACUACUGUCAUCAUGAAUCUGGUUGGCACUCCACAGCCCAAAGCCGAUUACCACGGCUGGCCAUUCGGCGACAAAGUGACUCCUAUACUCAACGUUGUCAUCGGAUACAUAUAUGUUGCCUUCCUUAUCUUGCAGUUCAUCCUUGCAUUGGGCAACCGACCCAAGGGCUCCCGAAAGAGCUACCUAGCUUCGUUCGUCGUUUUCGGUGCCAUACAGGCAUACAUCCUCGUCUUGACGACCUAUCUAGUGUACCGUGCUUUUAGCACCAAGCCGAUCGAGGAUCAAAUCAGCGUCGAUUCCGGGAAAGCCUUUUUCGACUCUUUCUUCGGCGGCAAAACCGGAGUAGCAGGCUUGAUCCUGAUUGCCCUCAUAACCAUAUACGGGCUGAACUUUAUUGCGAGUUUUCUGUACCUCGAUCCAUGGCAUAUGUUCCAUUCCUUUCCGCAGUACCUGAUACUCAUGUCAACUUACAUCAACGUGUUGAUGGUCUACGCGUUCAACAACUGGCACGACGUCAGUUGGGGCACGAAGGGAUCCGAUGUCGCAGAAUCCCUACCUUCCGCUACCAUUAUCAAAGGGGAAGAGACGCUCGUUGAGGAAGUAGAGCAAGAGCCAGAAGACAUUGAUGAGAAGUUUGAGAAAGUGGUUAAGCGCGCCCUUACUCCUAGUAAACCCCAUGAUGGCGGGUCACAGAGAAAAGAUACCGAAGACUCGUACAAGAGCUUUCGCACUGGACUCGUAUAUUCCUGGUUGUUAUCCAACAUUGUAUUGAUCAUUGGCGUAACCAGCGAUGACUUUUUAUCUGUGGGCGUUGGGGUACGUGUCUCUUUGCAUGACUUCAAGAAGAGGCUGACAAACUGA